UUAAUGAAACCUAUGUGCAGCCCUAGUGCCUUCUACCUCUGCUCCUGUCGCUGCUCGUCUUUGCUCUCUCUGCCGCCAAUUUGCUCAUCGCCCUCGCUGCCCUCUCUUUGCUUGUGGUUGUCGCUGCCGCGUGAUCUUCGCCAUCGCCUCCUCUGCAUUCUUUGCGGUCGCCAUAGCUGUAUGCCCUGAUUAUGGAGCUCAAUUCUGUUCUUUCUUCUUCGAAGAUUACUAAAAACUCGACAAGAAAAUAUCUAUAAACAGAACCAAUGGCACAGAUGCCUUCUUCUCCUCAUGGUUUACAGGGUGUCAAAACGGUCGAGGAAGUCCAAGCUAUGAUUCAAAAGAGUUUCCGACUUCCAAUGGUGAAAUUCUUGAGGCAACGCCUGGCAAAAGCUGGGUGUCCUGUGAGUGACAAUUUUUUCAAGGCUUCUGAGUGCAAAGGGGCGCAUGGCACUGGUGGUUUUGUACCUGGUUCUGGGGUACUUGUAUGUAGCAACUAUAUGCGAAUUCAAGAUGAGGUCGACCAGGUGGUAAUUCAUGAACUAAUUAAUGCAUUUGAUGACUGUCGUGCUGUCAAUAUAGAUUGGAGUGAUUGUGCUCAGCAAGCUUGUAGUGAGAUACGAGCUGGUCAUCUAUCUGGUGAUUGCCAUUUCAAGCGGGAACUACUUCGUGGUCAUAUGAAAUUAAGAGGGCAUGAACCGGAAUGUAUCAAAAGAAGAGUUUUGAAAUCUCUGUCUUCAAACCCCAAUUGUGCUGGUUCAGCUGCCGAAGAUUCUAUGGAAGCUGUAUGGGAUAUUUGUUACAAUGAUACAAAGCCAUUUGACAGAGCUCCUUGAGAAAUUGCAUGGAUUGGAAAUUUCAACCGUCAAUGCUAAUUUUUUUUUUCUCCGAGGAACAAUUUUUGAUGGCAACUCCCUACAAUCAUAAUGGACAAACGGUUAGAAAUAUACCCUUUUUUAAUUUUUAUUUUGGUGUCAAAUUGAAGACUUGUUUAUUUAUGGUUUAAAUAUGAUAAAUGUCAUAUGCC